UCUUCUUUACCUUUCUCCACUUCAAUAGUUCAGUGAUUUCACUUGUUGUUAAGUUCCCACUCAGUUUCAAGCUUCUCGUUUCUCAGAAUCCAAACAUGGGAGUGUUAGGAGAAGGCAAGGGCUCCACCCUCGUCCACCUGCUCGUCGUCAUUCUAAGUUUGGUGGCUUUUGGCUUCGCCAUUGCUGCUGAAAGAAGGAGAAGUGUUGGCCAUAUGAUGACAGAUCAAUAUAAUGCGACGUAUUGUGUCUACAGCUCAGAUGUUGCUACUGGUUAUGGAGUUGGAGCUUUUCUGUUCCUUCUUUCUGGUGAAUCCCUCCUGAUGGGUGUAACAAAGUGCAUGUGUUUUGGGAGACCUUUAGCUCCGGGUGGGAAUCGAGCUUGGACCAUCAUCUACUUUGUCUCAUCAUGGGCAACAUUUCUGGUAGCAGAAGCAUGUCUAAUAGCUGGAGCUACAAAAAAUGCAUACCACACCAAAUAUCGGGAAAUGAUUCAUGCUCAGAACUUCUCCUGUGAAACAUUGCGGAAAGGCGUUUUUAUUGCAGGUGCAGUAUUUGUGGUUGCAACAAUGAUUCUGAAUGUUUACUUCUACAUGUAUUUCACCAAGACCACUGCUGCUCAGGCUGCCCGCAAAACAAAUCAAGCAAGUUCAACAGUCGGGAUGACCGGUGCUGGGUACGCAUAGAGCCAAUCAAUGAGGCUAGAUAGCUAAGUUUUGUUUACUAAUGUUAUAUGAGCAUGUGAUGGUGAUUGUAUUAUGCAAGUUUACUGAUACCUUGUGUGCUUUUUUCAAAGACAAUAUAGUGUUGUUAUGAUUCCUCUUGUUAA